AUGCUUUCUGAAGUAUUGGAAGAGAAGCUGAAUGAAAUUCGUAAUGAAUGUGAUUUGCCGAAUGCGAUCAUAAUCACUAAUGUACCAGAAGAGGUGUUCUCCAAUGAAGAUCAGAAGCGUAACUUUUCGUCUUUAUUCACUCAAAUCGAAGAGGAUGCCCACUUUGAUUUCUUGAAAAGUUUCCGUCGGAUACGGAUCAUAUUCAGCAGCCCAGAGAACGCUACUGCUGCAAAAUUGCUUACACAACAUCUUUCGUUCAAUGGAGCGCUACUGAAGGCCUUCUUUGCCCAGCGUGUUCGUCUGCGAGAUGCCUCAGAUGAUGGCUUAUUGAAAUUGCCACCACUCGAAAAGCAAUUUCUAAUAUCACCACCUGCAUCGCCACCUGUUGGAUGGGAGCAAUGUCAUGAGAUGGCACCGGUUGUUUGCAAUUUUGAUUUAAUGGCACGGUUAGCUGCAUUCACAAUCGACGAUAACUAUGAGGUUUUCGGUGGUGACGUAGAUAAGCCAAAAAUAGUUAUUCAUCCAGCAGAAAGUGCUGAGGAUGAGGCGAUAAUCCCUCCUCAGGCCUCAUUGCCACAUACACCUCGACCACCGAACACACCCCGACCUUCGUCGGAUGACGAAGACUCUGCAUAA